CGGCAGAGACGGCGGCCGGCCCGGCUCAUCGUCCGCGUGUUGCGUUCGCUGCUAGCUUGCCGCCCCUUCCUUCCCUCCUUCCUUCCUUCUUCGGAGCUGACGCCGCGGCCUGAGCCUGGGCACGCGGGAACCGGGCAGUUAGGCAGCUUCCCAUCAUGGACUGGCAGCCAGAUGAACAGGGCCUUCAGCAAGUACUUCAGUUGCUCAAAGACUCCCAGUCUCCAAACACAGCAACCCAACGUAUUGUGCAAGAUAAACUGAAACAGCUCAACCAGUUCCCUGAUUUCAAUAACUACUUGAUAUUUGUCUUGACGCGUCUGAAGUCUGAGGAUGAACCAACUCGUUCGCUGAGCGGUCUGAUCCUGAAGAACAAUGUGAAGGCUCAUUACCAGAGUUUUCCUCAGCCUGUUGCUGAGUUUAUUAAGCAAGAAUGUCUUAACAACAUUGGGGAUGCUUCCUCUCUUAUCCGAGCUACCAUUGGUAUUCUUAUAACGACCAUUGCUUCCAAAGGGGAGCUGCAGAUGUGGCCAGAGCUCUUGCCCCAGCUUUGCAACCUGCUCAACUCUGAGGACUACAACACAUGUGAAGGGGCUUUUGGUGCCUUACAGAAGAUCUGUGAAGAUUCUGCUGAGCUCCUGGACAGCGAUGCUCUCAACCGGCCCCUUAAUGUCAUGAUCCCAAAGUUUCUUCAGUUUUUCAAGCACUGCAGCCCCAAGAUCAGGUCCCAUGCCAUUGCUUGUGUUAACCAGUUCAUCAUGGAAAGGGCCCAAGCCUUGAUGGAUAAUAUAGACACCUUCAUUGAGCAUCUGUUUGCCCUGGCAGUAGAUGAAGACCCCGAGGUUCGAAAGAAUGUUUGCCGAGCAUUGGUGAUGUUGCUAGAAGUGCGGAUUGACCGACUGAUCCCUCACAUGCAUAGUAUCAUCCAGUACAUGUUACAGAGGACCCAGGACAGUGACGAGAAUGUAGCACUGGAAGCGUGUGAAUUCUGGCUGACCCUGGCUGAACAACCCAUCUGCAAGGAGGUGCUAUCUUCACACCUGGUGCAAUUGAUUCCGAUUUUGGUGAACGGAAUGAAAUAUUCUGAAAUUGACAUCAUAUUGUUAAAGGGUGACGUGGAAGAGGAUGAAGCCAUCCCUGACAGUGAGCAGGAUAUCAAACCGCGUUUCCACAAAUCACGCACAGUUACCCUGCAGCAUGAAGAGGAACGGCUGCAGGACGAUGAAGAUGGAGAGGAUGAGGAUGAUGACGACGACACACUCUCUGACUGGAACCUCAGGAAGUGUUCUGCUGCAGCUCUUGAUGUUUUGGCCAAUGUCUUCAGAGAUGAGCUCCUCCCACACCUGCUCCCACUACUCAAAGGGUUGCUCUUCCACCCUGAGUGGGUCAUCAAGGAGUCGGGAAUCCUUGUCCUAGGGGCCAUUGCUGAAGGCUGCAUGCAGGGCAUGGUUCCCUACCUCCCCGAGCUGAUUCCCCACUUGAUCCAAUGUCUCUCUGACAAGAAGGCCCUAGUGCGUUCCAUUGCCUGCUGGACCCUGAGCCGCUACGCCCACUGGGUUGUGAGCCAACCCCCAGACAUGUAUCUCAAGCCUCUGAUGACAGAGCUGCUCAAGAGGAUUCUGGACAGCAACAAGAGAGUGCAGGAAGCUGCUUGCAGUGCAUUUGCCACCCUCGAGGAAGAGGCCUGCACAGAACUGGUCCCGUAUCUCAGCUUCAUUCUGGAUACUUUGGUUUUUGCAUUUGGAAAAUAUCAGCACAAGAACCUGCUAAUCUUGUAUGAUGCAAUUGGCACCCUGGCGGAUUCUGUUGGGCACCACCUCAACCAGCCGGAAUAUAUCCAAAAACUGAUGCCCCCGCUGAUCCAGAAGUGGAAUGAGCUGAAGGAUGAGGACAAGGAUCUCUUCCCUCUCUUAGAGUGCUUGUCAUCCGUAGCAACUGCUCUCCAAAGUGGCUUCCUUCCAUACUGUGAACCUGUCUACCAGCGCUGUGUGACACUUGUGCAGAAGACCCUUGCCCAAGCCAUGAUGUAUAGUCAACACCCUGAUCAAUAUGAGGCUCCUGACAAAGACUUCAUGAUUGUUGCUCUUGACCUGCUGAGUGGUUUGGCUGAAGGUCUAGGAUGCCAUGUGGAGCAGCUUGUGGCUCGGAGCAAUAUCAUGACUUUGCUGUUCCAGUGCAUGCAGGACACCAUGCCAGAGGUUCGGCAGAGCUCCUUUGCACUCCUAGGAGACCUUACUAAAGCCUGUUUCAUGCAUGUCAAGCCAUGCAUCGCUGAAUUCAUGCCCAUCCUAGGGACCAACCUGAAUCCGGAAUUCAUUUCUGUGUGCAAUAAUGCCACCUGGGCUAUUGGAGAAAUCUGCAUGCAGAUGGGGGCUGAAAUGCAACCGUAUGUGCAGAUGGUCCUGAAUAACCUCGUGGAGAUCAUCAACCGGCCAAACACCCCUAAAACACUACUGGAGAAUACAGCCAUCACGAUUGGACGCUUGGGUUACGUCUGCCCUCAGGAGGUGGCACCGAUGCUGCAGCAGUUUAUCAGACCUUGGUGUACAUCCCUAAGGAACAUCCGUGAUAAUGAAGAGAAGGACUCUGCCUUCCGUGGCAUCUGUAUGAUGAUUGGGGUAAACCCUGGUGGAGUUGUUCAGGAUUUUAUUUUCUUCUGUGAUGCUGUUGCUUCCUGGGUGAGCCCAAAGGAUGACCUGAGGGACAUGUUUUAUAAGAUUCUCCAUGGCUUCAAAGAUCAAGUUGGGGAAGAGAACUGGCAGCAGUUCUCUGAGCAAUUUCCCCCACUUCUGAAGGAGAGACUUGCUGCAUUCUAUGGGGUCUAGGCGAAGCAGCAAAAUUGUACUCGGUUCCUGUGUGCGCUGGGAUGGAUACUGGGAACUCGUCCACAACCCAGUGUUGCAGAUCCCUGUUAAUGGGGGGUUAGGGAGGACGGGAAGAGCAUUGUGGGACAUAAAAUGACUUCGCUCCCCAUCUCCUGAAAUUUACAAAGUUGGGGGGAGGGUGGGCCUCCGUGACCAAUUUAAACAAAAACCAGGGUAUCUCACUGGCGGAAGGAAAGGUCUCUUUACUCCGAGGCCAUCGUUGGUGGAAUGGGGUGGGGUGGGUCUCGGCCCUGGGCUGAGAAGGGGGAGCAAUCUUAAACUGCAACACUCUUGAGAAGGGGAUCUAACUAGGGGCCAUCAUAAAGGACUAGCUAAUAAUAAUAAAUAAAGAAUAGGGUUUAAGAUGUUAAAACAGGAUUAAAAGCUAUAAUGGUUUAAAACCAGCUGAUGAAGAGGGAAGGGUUAAAACUCAAGCCAAGGGGGUUAUACUACUGUAUAUUUCCAGUCACCGGUGUUCAAGAGAUCAGCUAUUCUUCACCUUUUCAAGACUGCAUGGUGACCAAGAAGUAGACUAGCGAAUCUGUGAGUAGCCCAUAAUGACUAAGUGUAAGCAUUUUCAUCUAGGAAUCUUAAGGAAACCCACAAACCCUUUUUGCCAUAGUUGCCAUGGCACUGUGUGCUGGUUGUGAUGCUCAGAGCAAAGGCAGCCUCUGACCUUGUGGGGACCUGCCAGCCAUAUAGGGAGCAGUCCUUAUCAUAAGAAAUACUGUUGGAGAAGCAUGUCUCUAUUUUUUAAGAAGAUGCCACAGUGCAAUGAUUCUGUUACCCUGUUGUUCAGCUGUUACUUUGUGACACUGCUAUUACAUUACUUCAGCUGUAGGAGGCAGGAGAGAGCAAGGAGGGAAACUGCAUUCCAUCUGGGAAUGAUUCUGCAUGGGCCAAAGGUGGGCAGAAGACCGUGUGUGCUUGAUUCUUGGAUGGCACAUGAUAACUGGUGUCCUGUGCUCUUGGGGCCAGAGUGGCAUUUGUUCAUAACGGGAACUUAUACUUUCUGUCUUAAGGGAGUUCUAUGCCACAUUCACCACUUUGGUUAACAAAAGGAGCAGUAAACAUAACUAAGUGUAGAGGAAUUAAUAAACUAGAGCCCCUCCAUGCAUGGCCAGUGGAAGCUUGAAGCUUUUGCUGCAUGUUUAGUGGAGUUGCUGUCUUAAGGAAUUCUCAUUAGACCCAAAUUGGUUUAGUCCCUGGAAACGCAACCUGGAGUUUGCUGAAUACAUUUGACUUAGUGAAGCCAUAGCUUUUUAAUAGUAAAUGGAGAGGAUGUGAAGUAGAAGCAAACCUGUUUUCCCAAAGGCAGCUAGGACAUGAGCAGGAAGGGAGUACUGCUUCAUCUGACGAGAGCAGCGUUUGGGAAGUGGGGAGUGCUGAGGUGGGGCUGAAGACAUCAGGAAUAUUCUGUAGAGUCAACAUAGAGCUUGUCCAUGGACACGUUUGUGAACAGGCAGCAUGUGGAGGAAGAAGAGAACAGUGAGCAGAGCUACAUCUCCCAGCUUCUCCUGAGCAGAUCCCCUUGGAACUUCGGCAGCAACAGGAUUGGUUACCAGACAACUGGGUUGUCUGCAUUGCUCUGGUGGUGGUAGACAAAGUGGUGGGACUACUUAGAUAUGAAAGAACAGAUACCUGAUGGAGGAUGGACGUCCCUUUUCUGGGUUAAGGAGAUGCUCUUUUGACAGCAAUUGAUGGUGACACUCUGGGUACUGUGGGGUGAAUUUUUGAAAGUGUAUUUGUGAGAUUGCUCAGUAACUUAAACUUCACUGAUAUCGCCUCCCCAUUUUUCUUUCCAUCUCUGGCCUCUUUCACAUGUGACAAUACCUGCAGCUCUUGGAGCUUUGUCGUAGAACUUGCUGGGGCAUUACUGUACAGGCCUUGAGGCCUGGACCUCUUUAGCUUGGAGAGAGCACACAUCCAAGUGAGAGCUGCUGUUCUGAUCCUUGGAUCUGAUUGCUGGGGGUCACCCCUGCAGUCUUCUGGGUUAGCUGGUUUAAGGAAAUGAAAAUAAACUUGCAAAUGCAUUCCUGAAUUCGUAUUUUUAAUAGUGUGGAACUUGAGCAGGUCUCUGGAAGCAAUCAGCUAGUUCUUUGCAUUUUAAUGGUUUUAUUACAAGUGUUCCCUCUUGUGCCUCACUCUCAACUUCCUCUAUUCUGAGAGGGGGGAAAGCAGAGGGUUCUGUUUGAGCAGCAAUUUGUUUUUAAACACAUGGGCAAGAAAUGUGCACAGAUAACAGGUGGAGUCCUGGCUUGUGCUCCUAAAUUACAUGCCCAGAAAUAUAGAAAGAAGGCUGUGAACUCUUCAUUCAUCCAGUGAAGUUUAAGCUACUUGGCCUGACUGCCUCUUGAAAUGGAAUUUGUCUUUUGUACAAGUGCUUCUAGUAUUGCCUCCUGUUUGUUAAUCCUGGAUUUGUAUAUUUGUAAAUGUGCCGUAAUGUUUCCAAUGGUGGAACUGCAGUGUACCUAGUGUUGAAGCAGCUGCUUGCACCUUGCUCAAAUGAGAUUUUUCUCAUUUUAUGUAUAAUUUUUUUUUGUCAACUAAAAAAAAAAAUCUUGUGACUCCA